AUGGCAGUUUUACCUACAAGUUCCUCCAGCUUGGAAUUGACCAUAUCUAUCCCAGGUUUUGCUUCUUCACCAAUCACUUUUCUCACCACAUCAUCAUCAUCUGGGAAAAAGUUGGACAUGAACCAAGUAGCCAUAGAAGAAGAAUGGAUGAGAAUAGAAGAGGAAGAAGAAAGCAACGUUAAUCCUCGCAAAAAACUCCGUCUAACAAAGGAACAGUCUCGUCUCCUUGAAGAAAGCUUUAGAAAAAACCACACUUUAAACCCAAAGCAGAAAGAGUGUUUGGCAAUGCAGCUGAAACUCCGACAAAGACAAGUGGAGGUGUGGUUUCAAAACCGUAGGGCCAGGAGCAAGUUGAAGCAGACGGAGAUGGAGUGCGAGUACUUGAAGAGGUGGUUUGGAUCUCUGACAGAGCAGAACAGGAGGCUUCAAAGAGAAGUUGAGGAUCUUAGGGCUAUGAAAGUGGGUCCACCCACUGUGUUAUCACCUCACUGUUCCGAACCGCUACCAGCUUCAACGUUAUCCAUGUGUCCUCAAUGUGAACGUAUCACCACCAACGCCACAGCUGCCGUCGCCGUCGACAAACAGGCUAAUGCCGCCGUCACUUUGUCGCCUAAAGUGUUAACACUUUCUACGCAGUCGCGUCAAAUGUGA